AUGGAGAAGUCCCCAGCCACUGCAGCAUGUCAUCAUGAACCAAUUUUCCAAGAAGAACUCGGUAUUCUCAUCCUUUUCACUAUCCUCACCUGGUCCAUCUCAAAGCUUCAGAGGUUCUUCCCCAGUUAUUUCCAGUCCUGCAGUUGUCCUGUCUCCAACACAACCUCGACGCCUGUCCUCGCCAACACAGAGAUAUCCAAGGCACCGAAUAAUAAUGAACACAAUGAGGUAGAUAAGAUGCAAUCUGAUGCUGAGAUAGCAAUGAGAAAGAUGGGGUUCAAUUUUGAUCAAGAACAUAGUGUGGCCUUGAACGCAAUUAGCUCUGAAUGUAUCUCUACGCUGUUCGUGGACGAAGAACCUAGCUUGCAGGAAGUGAAAAUGGCGUUCUUGCUGUUUGAUGAGAACAAUGAUGGGUACAUCGACGCAUCGGAUUUGCAAAGAGUUUUUCGGGACCUAGGAUUAGGAGAAGGAGUAGGGUUAAGUGAGUGUGAGCAGAUGAUUUCUAGAUAUGAUAUGAACGAGGACACGAGGAUAGAUUUUAUAGAGUUCACCAAUGUUUUGGAAGCCAGCUUUUGCUAA